AUGCGGUCGGUCGGAGUCGGGCCAGAAGGUCAACACGGGACGACGACGACGACGAGCCAGAGGCGUGGCCAUUUCUUCUGCAGAGCGACCGUGUACGUUAUUCUGUGCGAGGUCAGCAACGGAGACGAAGACGGCAUUGGUGGCCAUCAUCUCCUGCGCGUCAGGUCAGCAACGGAGCCUAGCUUCCGCCUCCACCGUCGCCCAUCGGUCUGCGUGUCUGUGUGUGUCUGUAUCGCAGCAGCAACGUACGGGUACACAUUCUUCCAUCAAAACGCCCAUUAUGUGCAGACUAGUUAUACGACAAGUAUGUAGCGCCGCGCGCCGUUUACAUUUGGCGGCGGCGAAGAGGAGGCAAGGGAGUGAACGGGCCGACGAACGAGCGCGAGUGGUGAAUAACAAAAAAGAAGAGCAAAAAAUUGCGAAUAAGUUUAUGCGGUCGAUAAUAAAGUCCCAAGAAGACGAGCGAGUGUGGGGCGCGGCGGGCUAAGGAUGGGGCGGCGGGGAGCCCUAGGCCUACUGGCGGCGCGUGGCGUGCGCAGCCUUGAUAAGGUCCGCCGCGCGCUCGGCGACAACGUAUACGGGUAUUUGUGUGUGCGCCGACGGGAUGUAGGG